AUGGAUUCCGGCACACCCCUCACGGCCUACGACAAUGGCAUCGUUGUUCACGAGGCCAGAAGCACUGCGAGCACCACCCAGCCGACGUCCUCCGUGAGUACCACCGACACGGGCAAGAACGUCGACAGCGGCGCGAGGCCGUCCGGAACCGUCGGUCGAAUUCUCCGCCUCGCCGCCGUCGUGAGACCGUCCAGCCAGGUAACCUCGCACAUGUCACUGAUUGGUAGCAACCUUAUUCAACUUGAUGAAGUCGACAUGGACGAUCACGAGCUUAUGAGGCGCAUGGCCGCGGAGGUCGCCGACACCUCUGACGACAUAGCGGCGCAAAACGAUGCCCUGCGUCGAGCCGAGUUGCCUCCGAUCACAGAGGUGACUGAUGAAAUGAUGUUCGAUUUCCAGGACUCCAAGCAGAAGAAGGAGACUUUCAAGAAGAAGCUGAACCAGGUUGCCGAGGCAACUGUGGCUGCUGCUGCUGCCAAGGAUCAGGCAGCCGCGACCUCAGCAAAAGAUGCCAUUGUGCUCCGCGAGAAGGAGGUCCGCGCUCGUAUCUGGAACUCUGUCCUCCGCUACAAGGGCGUCGACACUUGGAUCUGUGCCAUCGUGGACUUGUGGUCGAUCCAAUCGAACAAGGGAAUCAACAGGAAUGCCCAUCCCCGUAUGGGGCCUGUCAAAGCGCUUACAUUUGCUAUCACUCGUCUGCAGCGAGCGCGUGAUAUUUACUACAGCGUUGAUCCUGGCCGUGGUGGUAUCAUGGAUGGCUUCACCACGCACCAGCAGUUGCGCGACUUCUUCGACUACUUCAUGUACGAGAGCAACUCCCCUGAAGGCAUCCGCGACGCGUUUCUCUGUUCCACUGCAAUUGCAGGAAUGAUGCGCUGCGACGAAUAUGCGAAGACCCGUCUGAUGGAUUGGGGCAUGUACGAGAUGGAGAAUGACACGUCGGCGACGCCUUUCCGUGUCUUCUACGCUACCCUCAACCACGGCAAGAACAAUCAGUUCGGAAAGACAGAAUACGCAAGCAUGCUCCGCCACCGUGACGUCAGCAUGUGCCCUGUGGCCUUCUUGGCUCUGCACCUCUACGUCCGAUUCCAUCACAUGGGCGAGACCUUUGAGCACAGUGACGACAACUUCCCGAGCAUGGCAAAGAGGGAGCAUUGGUAUAAGGAGUACAUGGCUCCGUCGCCCCGCAACUCACAGGAGCCGCUUCCUUACCAGACCCACCUCGACGCCUUUGGCAAAGCAUUGGCAUAUGCGAAGGUUGCAACUGCGCAAAAGACCCACCUCAUGCGCAAGACUGGAGCCCGUCGCGCCGAAGCUGCGGGGUGCACCGAGGCGCAGAUCUGCAAGCAUGGGCGCUGGAAGAACGGCACCCAGGUCAUGGAGAACGUCUAUCUCACACAUAUGUCCCGCCCCGUGCUGCACGCGAUGGCAGGUUUCAAUCCUGAACUGCACACCGACUACUACCUUCCCCGUGCUGUUCCUGUUCCCGACAACCUUCAACGCAAGGUGUUCCCCCAGAUUGAGAGUCGUCUCCGUCUGUACGAGGAUGUUUCGCACGCGCGUGAGGAUCUCCAGGGUAAAAACUUCCUGGCCAUGAUGAAGGAGCUCCGUUCCGUCUUCCUGCAAGACGCCCCUCACCUUCGCAAGACGUAUCCCGAGCUGUUCAUCUGGCAGGAGCCCUUCUUCCACAGUGCUGAAUACCUCCAAUGGGAGAAGCAUGCCCUGGAGGCUACACAGUCUGGCUCGACCUAUCACAUCAACAGUACGCUGGAGGAACUACAGCCGGCGAUCGCUGAUGCUAUCAGAUCCCAACGGUCUGAGCAGCGCGCUCAACUGGAUCGUCUCCUCUCUGGGCAGUCUGUUUUGUCUGUCAGCUUAGACAGCGUUAUCAAGCAAGCGGGAGAGCUCAACUACAAGCAAGACGGCCAUGGCACAGUCCUUCACAAUCUGCAGCAUCAAAUCGUCAAUUACCAAGUCGCCCUGCAGAAGCUUGCAUUGGGUUUCUCAAAGUCGUGCAAUGAAAUCUUCAACAACCCCUCUGAUACCGCCUCCGAACCACCACCUUUACCUCUGCCCACGCCCCCUCCGCCUGCCCCGCUUCCUCUCUCCGCGAUACCCGUACAGCAACUCCCAACAACGACAUCCAUUGAUCUCCGGGCACCCGUUCUUGCAACGCCGACUACGACUACGCCUACCGCCGCUGCCCCUCAACCCAAAGCUGAUAUACUUGCUCGUGGCCUGAAGAACGUUCGCGUAGUUUGGCAAGAAUACACUGUUGGUCUACAUGGACGCCCCCCCAUAUCUACGAUCUACGACAACGGAGUCAAGCCCAAGUUCCCCUCACAGAAUGAAGCGCGCUUCUGGAAUGAUCGUAAGGUCAUAAUUGAAGCUGUGCAGAUGAUUCACAAGGACUACCAUCGGUCCAUUGAGGACAGUGUUGCCGUAUUGGAGAGGAUAAGGCAAAAGCAGAACAGCAUGUCACUCAAGCAACUCGCCCGCUUUCUGCGGAACAAAGAGAAUCUCAAAUCGGCAAUCGCCUGUGUGUAG